GUUUGUAGUCUUAAGCAUUAGUUUCGCUCAUCGGUUUGUUUCGCUUUAUUACUAGUAGGACGUCGAGGAAACACCGGAAAUACUGAGAAAGAAUAUUUAAGUGAGUUUUAGGAUAACUUAUUGACACUUUUAAUUUUAUAUUUGUAAUUGGAAUGCAUAAUGAGGUUACUUUACGUCGUGGUUAAUGAGUUUUUAAGCUAUCAUUAAGCUGCUUUAUGAUGCGUCUUGGCAUGUCUUGCUAACUCAACUCGGGGCUGUGUUUUGAAAGUUACGGGUGGUUAAUUCAUCGGGUCAGUUCUUUAGUUUGAACGCUGCGUUUACUUACACACACAUAUAUAUAGUAGUGUAGCUAAAUGUUAACUACAUUGUUAUGAGUGUAAACGAGCAAAGUCGGAAGUUUUUAUGUCAUUUGUAUCAGAAAUGGCAACCGCGCCUGAAACCUCGCUUCAGAUGAGCUCGUCGGAUCUCAUCAAAAAGAAGCCGCUGGACUACGGAGGAUUUGGAGAAGUUUAUUUGUGCUACCAUGUCACCCUCGGCCAUGUGGCGCUGAAGACUGUGUACACAGGUCCUCUACGAAGCGAAGACAGUAAAAGGUCGCUGCUGGAGGAAGGGAAUAUCAUGGCAAGCCUCAAUCAUGAGCGUGUGGUAAAGCUGCUGGGUGUGAUCAUGGAGGAUAGCGACUGCUCUCUCGUUAUGGAGCUCCUGCCCAGAGGCAACCUGCUGGUCGUGCUGAAGAAGGUCAAUGUGCCGAUGUCUGUCAAGGGAAGGAUCAUCUUAGAGAUUUUGGACGGGAUGGUGUACCUCACAGAGAGGUCCAUCGUCCACAAGGACAUCAAGCCUGAAAACAUCUUAGUGGAUAAUGAUUUUCACAUCAAGAUCGCCGACCUCGGCCUAGCAACCUGCAAGAUGUGGAGCAAGCUCACGAAACAGGAGUCUCAAAGAAGGAGUCGUAACGAGCCAUCGGCUGGACUGAGAGGUGCUGGGACGCUGAGCUACAUGGCGCCAGAGCACCUGAAGAGCAUCCAUGCCCGCUCUACUGAGAAGUCUGACGUGUACAGCUUUGCCAUCGUGGUCUGGGUCAUUCUCACUGGGCAAGAACCAUAUGAAAACGCCAGGAGUGAAGAACACAUGAGCCAGUGUGUCAUCAACGGUGACCGACCAGCAGAUCAUCUCAUUCCUGAAGACACGCCUGAAGAGAUCAUUCAGCUCAUGAAGAGGUGCUGGGAUCACAAUCGUGAACAAAGACCAACAUUUGAAGAGGCUUAUCGCUCUUUCCUUCCUUUGUACAUGGAAAAGCUUGAACCAUAUGUAGAGAAAGAUGUUUGCACAUUAAGGGAAACAUACAAUGGCCCAGAAGAACUGGUUGAAAGCAUGAAAUCAUUAUCAGUGACCAACGAAUGUAGUCUGGCAUGUGAACACGACCACCCAGCUCCUUUGAUGAGCUCAGAUAAAAGUAUAUCCAUGAUACCAGUUGAGGCCAGUAUCGAGGACCUGCAUAACAUCCAGUACGACCCAUACAGAGAGUUUAUUCAAGCGGACGCAAGAGAAAUGACCAACCGACCAGAGCUGGAGGAGAAACUGGACCGGGAGCUUCAGUACCACCAAUAUGGCAGCUACAACAUGCACCCUGAAGCUUCCAACUACUUUCUCAAAAAUCCCUCAAACCCUUUCUUGCCUAACUAUGGCAGUGUCACAGAUAACAUUGCAAGAGGGCCAGCACAGGAAGUGUCCUCUGUUCAUUCAUGGACUAAAGGAGAAAUGGUGCAGCCCACCAGCCCGGAGGAGGGUUUUGAUCGCCUCAAUUCUGGACUCAACCAUUCCAUUAACUCCUCCUCGGCUUAUGAACCCCAUCUGCACAUGUCUGCUAGCACACCCUCUCUGCCACAGUUUAACCAGCAUCAUCCACCCCCCCAGUUUGACCGCCAGAAGUCCUGCUUAACUUAUCCGGUGUCUGACACCUGUGUCCCUGAUGUAACCACGGGGUGUUAUCUGAACAAUACAAAGUAUGGCUCACAACAGGACUCAGCUUCCCUUUUUAUUCAGAACGCCAGCGGGAUCCAGAUUGGAAGCAACAACACGAUGAGCAUCAGGAGUCAUGGGGCUUCUAGUUUGUCUUCCCGGUUUAAUAAUGGGUCCAGUUCCUCCUCGAUCCAAGAAAGCAUUUUUAAAUGCGAAAAUCACGCUGUAAAUGAGGCACACUUGGAACUGGUGAGGGCCAACAUUGGGAGCAAAUGGAAAAUCUGUGCACGACGUCUGGGACUGUCUAAUGUAGAAAUAGACACCAUAGAUCAUGACUACCACCGUGAUGGCCUUGCAGAGUAUGUCCACCAGAUGCUGGAAUCAUGGAAAAUGAAGACGGGAUCUAUUGGCUGUACGGUUGGGAAGCUUUGUCGCGCUCUAGACGGGAUCAUCGAGGUAGAUGUCAUCUUGAAAAUGCUGGAAUUGUGCAGUUGCUCUUCUUCCUUUGAAGCUCAGUAAUGGGCACAUUUUCAGAAUUCACUUCAAACAUCUGAAGCUCAGUUCAACUGACUUAAAAAAAACAUGUAUUUUUUUUUAUUAAUCAGAUCUAAUUUCUUGGGUACUGUCGAUAAUAAGGGCCUCCCUGUAACAGUAAAAAUAACUGAUUUAUUUCUUAUUGUGAUUUUCAACAAGCUGAAACUGCAUUUUUAUUUGAUUUAUUGACAGUUUUUCCUACAGCCUACACUGAUGAGCGAUCAGACACCAUCGAUUUGUCAUGAAAUUUCAAAUUUUGCACUUAUAAUAGUCACUGUUAAGGAUCAUGAUAUGUUUUAGGUCGAAUAAUUAUUUUCUUACUAAAGUUUUUAUAUAAUCAAGGUGUUUGUCCCUUCAAUUUUCUUCCUGAAAAGAGUCAUAAUGGAAAAGUCGCUCCAUGUUUUAUGAAGAUUAGUUCACAAAUAUAAACCUACGAGUGGACCCAUUAAGAUAACUGCAGAAAAAUGGGGCAAAAACAUAAAAAAUGUAUUUUAUAUCAGGAAUUUUAAUAUAUUUGUGAACCCUGUGGAGAAUGCUUUUUGGUCCAUCUUGUAUUUCAGGCUUGUUGCACAUUUUAUAUAUUCAUGAAUGUUAUCUGUAAAUUAAAUUGUUUAUGUACUUUUUUUACCUGCCCUGGUUUAAAUGUUCAGUUUAGGACUGUAAAAAUUGCAUGUUUAUUUGAUAAGUUGCUGUUACUGUACCAUAUUAAGCAUUUUGAAUCACUGUUUUAUCCCUAAGUGCUUUAAAGCUGUUUUAUGCUAUGCUUCUGUCCUCUGAAGUUUUUUAAUUCACACUUGGUUUAGGGUACUUGCUCGUAUUGUUCUGUAGUAUAUUUGCUUAUGGAAUUCCAAGCAAGUUCUCCCUCUAUGAUUUUACAUACCACUGGGAUUGUGACAUUUACAAUAAAUUGUUUACAUAUUUUUAAA